GAGGGUGCUUCAUUUGCAAGUUUUUUGACACCUUUACACAUGUCAGUUGCAGCCUGCUCUAUGUGGCUGCGGCGCUUUUCCAGCAAGUGGAUGUUGUCAAGCCACGCCACAGCAGGGUCGUGAACUCUGAGCGAUAUCUGGUGGCGCAGGGCUUCAAGGUGUGGCGGCAUCGUGAAAUCUUCAUCGUCUCUUCUAUGCCAUGUUCCGAACAUCUGCAGCUUGCAUCCGAUGGAGCAAGGGCCCGGCCGCACCAUGCUUUGCGACGCUCCGGGCCGCAGUGCAGCGCGCACAAGAACAUUGGCCCGCCGGCACCUGGGAAGGCGAGGCACCUCUCUGGGUGGUGCAGCCGUCUGAUUUAG